AUUUUAGAAACAACAACAGAGGGGAGAAGCCAGGUGGACCGCCGCGAAAUCUCAAAGUGGAUCCCAUCAGCUCGACCGAAUUCAACGUCACCUGGGAUCCGCCCGAUCAUGAUUUAUGGAACGGCGAGAUACUCGGUUAUCACGUCGGCUACAAGGAACACAGGUUGGGGGCGGAGCAGUACACGUACAAAACCGUGGAAAGACGGAUCUCGACGGCGAGCGUCGCUCUCGGUCUAGCAAGAACGUCCAUGCCCGGACGGCAGCAUCACUUGACGAACUUGAAGAAGUUCACGCGUUACAGUGUGGUCGUUCAAGCGUUCAACGCCCUCGGUCCCGGUCCUAUGACGCAGGAAGUUGUGGCGUCAACACUCGAAGAUGUCCCGAGCAGUCCUCCGCAAGACGUGCGUUGCACCGCGCUUUCGUCGACAUCCUUGCAAGUCUCCUGGGACUCUCCGCCUGACUCUAGUCUGAACGGGGUCUCGAGAGGUUACAAGGUCAUGUGGGAGAGCACAGACGCGCUGGCGGAGUCAACCAAACCAGAAAUGAAGAUCACCAACGCUCUGACGGUGAUGAUCCAUGGACUUGAGAAAUACAUGAACUAUUCGGUCCAGGUCCUGGCUUUCACCAGAGCGGGCGACGGUGUCGCCUCAUCGCCGCUGUAUUGUGUAACAGAGGAGGACUUGCCGGAAGCGCCGGCCAACAUCAAGGCUGUCGCCAGCUCGGCCUCGUCCGUCAUCGUCUCGUGGCAACCGCCCCAAAAGAGCAACGGCAAUCUUACCGCCUAUAAUGUGCAUAUUCGAGGAUUGGGACCGGAAAGUAAAUGGCACAGGAGAACCCUGCCACCGUAUCAAACCAAUUACCAAGCGGAGGAUCUGCACAAAAGGAGCCAGUACGAAUUCACCGUCGCGGCGGUCACCUCGGUCGGCGAAGGCUCCCAGACCUCGUCCGUCACAAUCUCACCCUCCAGUGAAGUUCGUGCCGCCAUAUAUUCAUUCGGUACCGUACUUGUUGUACCGUGGAAGCAAGACGUGAUGUUGCCCUGCGAAAGUGUGGGCAAGCCAUCUAUUAUCUGGAAGCAAUGGGGUCAAAUAGUCAAGCCAUCUGCCAGAGUGUCCCUCCAUAUCAAUGGAUCCUUGCAAAUUGUUGAUCUCCAUCGAGAGGACAGCGGAAAUUAUACUUGCUUCGUGGAGAAUCGCCACGGUUCUGAUCAGAUAACUCAUCGUUUAACCGUACAAGUUCCACCUGCGGUGCCACUAUUACACGCGACCAGUACUAGUAGCAAUUCCAUCAAUGUGCAGUGGAAGAAUGGCGACGACGGUGGCUCGCCGAUCCGCGGAUACAUUCUGCACUACAAACGCGAGUCGGGCGAGUGGGAGGAAUUCAAAGUAUCGCACAAAGUGAGCAGCUUCGUUUUAUCGCGGCUGUGGUGCGGCAACAAUUAUCAGAUGUACCUGACAGCGUACAAUCGUAUCGGCAUGGGUAGACCCAGCGAGAUCGUUAAGGCUACCACGAAGGGUUCGAAGCCGGACGAUUCGCCCGGUACUGGCGACAAAUUUGUCACAGUUAACGUCUCAUGGAUUACUCUGCACCUCAGUACGUGGAACGACGGAGGUUGUCCCAUAACGUUUUUCGAGCUCGAGUACAAGAAGAGCGGCGAGAAUAUAUGGACGCUAGUCUCGAAUAAUAUAGAGGUGCAAAAGACAUAUACUUUGAGUGAAUUACAACCAGGAAUCACUUAUGACAUCCGUAUAAGGGCUCACAACGAUGCCGGCUUGUCGGUGGCCGAGUACAAGAUAACGACAUUGCAACCGCAUAUUAGCACGACUAUGUCCGCCAUCGAGAUCGAUCAUUACAUCCCACAGCAGAACUAUUCGGAUCUGAAGCUCAUCGUGCCUCUGGUGUUAAGCUCGUUCGCGAUCAUCGCCGCGGCCGGCGCUGUCUUUUACUGCUUCCGCAAACGUCCUUUUAUGGGCGACAUCGGGAGUCUGCAUGACGCUCAAACCGCGGCCGCCUUAGACAAUAAACAGAACAUGGAACAGCGCGAGCAAUAUUACGCCACCGUACGUAAGCCGCUUCGUUCGCCGAUACACGAGAUGGCUACGUUAGAAAAAAUACCAGAAUAUUCGGAAGAUAUCUACCCGUACGCCACAUUCCAGCUGGAGGAAAGCGUUCCUGCAGGAGGCGACAGCCGCUGCAAUUCUGCCGCGCCUCUUCAAACCUUUGUCUAUCACGACCCUCGUCUCUCCACUGCCGAUACCCUUCAGUUACGAGAGUCGGAUUGCAACCGGUACACUAAGGUGCGCGGAGGCCGUUCGUCCUCUGCGCCGUUGCACAAAGCGCACAAGGUCAGUCAGGGCAAGUCCGAGUCGGAGGAGUACGACACGCUGGGCUCGGACAGCGACACGGAAGUCGGGACCAGCAGCCGAACCGAGUCUUCCAAUCACCUCGUCGAUUCGCACCACUCGGCAUCUGCGGCCGACUCGCGCGUCCACAACUUCCUGUACCAUGGACCAGAAUCUAGCACGUCUACAGAACCCUCACCGAUUUUUGAGAGAAAAUCGUUUCCUGGAAGGGGAAGACCCAAGAUGUUACAGCUGGCGCGUUAUACCGGCGAGGAGGCCCGUGCCAACUUCGGGUCAAUCGCCGGGUCUGGCCAUCCCAAGCACCAGUCGGGCAAUCCCUAUGCCAAUCGGGAGCAGGAACGUGACGGAUCAGGAAACCUGUUCGUCCCCCAGCUGGACCCCCCCUCGGGGUUCUCCGACGCGUUUGAGCUAAGCGAGGCCGAAUGCGACUUUGAUCGCGGCCACAACAGCCAACGAAACGUCCGUGACUUUGUAAUCGCGGUGUAAAUACGUAUAAAAGUCUCCGAUGAGAUAUACAAAUCUCCUGUCGUAAAGUAAAAAAAUGAUAAAAUGUGAAAGGAAAACUACGCGAAAUCUAUGUAAGCCGCGGUCCGUCGUUUCGUUAAUUUGUAUUGGCGCCUCGUGUCCGGCCCCGUCAGUCAUUUAAGUAACAAUCCUUUAGUUCUGCUCGAUGGGAACGCGUCGCUGAAUGACGUCUCUC